AUGCCGACCGAACUGUCUAGAACUGAGAAGAAAAGUCUUAUAUGGUUGUUCAAGGAGCAUGGUCUAAGAGUUGACGGACGCAGUGCGCUUCGAUCGCGCUCUGUGAGCGUUGCUGUUGAUGUGCUGCCCUCCACAGCGGGCUCCAGUCGAGUGUUCGUCGGUCGGACUAACGACGUACUCGUCGGUAUAAACCUGGAGCUGAGGCAAUACAAUUUGCCAGCUCAUGCGGAAGAUGACGCCAAACGUGGCUCGAUCGCGUUUUCUGUGGAGUUCUGCGGAGUCGCAAGUCCCGAGUUUCAAGGACGCUCCACUGAGGUGCUUGAGGCAGAGCUCGUCUCGUUUCUAGAUACUGCCUACGCAGCUUCUCCUGAGUUUUUAGCAGACCUCUUCUGCAGGGAACAGCGGCUAGCUUCGGAUCCGGGUACGCUCCGGGUGUGCUGCUGGGACGUGUACGUGGACGUACUGGUGCUCGGGGCCUCGGGGGGUAACAUUCUCGAUGCCGUGACCUACGCUGUGAGGGCAGCACUGGCAACAACCGUUGUCCCGUCCGUGUAUUGGCAGGACAGUGAAAGCGGUGGAAGCUGGGAACUGGAUGACCGGGCAGAGUACUGCGCUCUCCUGAAUGCCUCGAACGCUCCGCUGAGCGCUAGUGGGGCUUUUAUUCCGCCUCUGGUACGCGACUCGCGCACAGAGCAUGAUCAGGUGACUUUGGUCGCCCCGCGGUGGUUUAUAAUCGAUCCGUGCGCUGAGGAGGAGACGCUGGCGGGCUGUUUCCUUUCUGUGGCCAGUGACAGCGCGCAGCACCUGCGAGCGAUAUGGAAGCGCGGCUCCUUGCCCGUGGAGCCCGACGUGGUACUCGACGCCGCGCAGCAGUGCAUAAGAGAUAGCGCCUACGCCUGUCAGGAGAUGGAUCAUUUCAUCAGCGAACUUGUGGCAACAGAAGAAUCAGAAUCUGUAGAUGAUGUGCCAGGAUAG